AUGUCGUCGACGACGAUUGUCAUGGAGAUACCACGCAAGGUGUUCAAUGAUCCCAUCCACGGCACGAUGGAGUUACACCCUCUUCUCGUCAAAAUGAUAGACACGCCUCAAUUCCAGAGGCUGCGAUACAUCAAGCAGCUCGGAGGGGUCUACUUUGUUUACCCAGGAGCAUCCCACAACCGCUUUGAACACUGCAUUGGGGUGGCGCACUUGGCAGGAGAGCUUGCAAAAGCUCUGAAAACAAGGCAGCCAGAACUCAACAUCGAUGACAGAGACGUCCUUUGUGUGCAGAUUGCUGGUCUUUGCCAUGACCUGGGACAUGGGCCUUUUUCCCAUAGUUUUGAAACGUUCAUCCGCAAAGCACGUCCAGAAAUAAAUUGGAAGCAUGAGGUUGCCUCUGUUAGACUGUUUGACUACAUGGUGGAGAGUAAUAAACUGAAGGAGGAAAUGGAGUUGUAUGGCCUGCAGCUGCCCGAUGACGUGGAGUUCAUUAAAGAGUUGAUUACAGGAGAGGCACGUGUCUUUACACUUGAAGGCCGUCCAGAUAAGCCCUUCCUCUAUGAAAUCGUGGCCAACAAAAGAAAUGGCAUUGAUGUGGACAAGUUUGACUACCUUGCCAGGGACGCCUACCACCUGGGCAUCAAGAGCAGCUUUGACCAUCGCCGCUUCAUAAACUUUGCCAGGGUGUGCGAGGUGGACGGACGGAAUCAAAUCUGCAUGAGAGACAAGGAGGUGAACAAUAUGUACGACUUGUUCCACCUAAGAUACAGCCUCCACAGCAGAGCCUACCAGCACAAAGUGAACAACAUCAUUGAGAUUAUGAUCACAGAGGCCUUUUUAAAAGCAGACAAGCACAUCCAGAUUGAAGGCUCAGGAGGGCAGAUGUUCACUCUCUCCACAGCCAUAGACGACAUGAAGGCCUACACCAAGCUGACAGAUCAUGUUUAUGAAACAAUACUCAACUCUUCCCAACCGGAGCUGGCUGAUGCGAGGCGGAUCCUCAGAAAGAUCGUCAAUCGGAAUCACUACAGGUUCCUGGUUGAAACAAGGCCUACUACUUCCAUUGAGGUACGCUCUACUGUCGUUCGUGGUUGGGAACAGGAAUUGGCUGAAGCCCGAGACGGUCAGGAUGACGAUCAGGACUUCAGAUUGACAGCAGAGGACUUUAAAGUGGAUAUCGUUAAAAUGGACUAUGGGAUGAAAAACGAGAACCCCAUUGAUCAGGUGCGGUUCUACAGGAAGGACCAUCUCUCUAAUGUAUGCUGCUUUCAUUCUUGUCAGAGAUCCAUGUCACAGCCACAAUGCUUCUCUGAGCAGCUGAUCAGGAUUUACUGUAAGAGGACUGAUGAGUCCAGUGUGAACGCUGCCCGCAGGCACGCGGUCAAGUGGUGCCGAGCAAAAGGCUGGCCAAUUCUAAAUAAUCCUCAGGGGAACCCACAGUAAGACCGGAGCCCAACCACUGGAGACAAAUAUCCAAAACAAUGAACGA